AUGAUCUUCUCCUCUCGGCGAUUUGCGCAUCAUUACAGUCCGCAAAAUAGGAGAAGAAGAACACAAGCUCAGACCAACGGCAAAACUUCAUCGACACAGGGGUGGUUGGACAUGGCCUCUGCUGCAAAUGUCGUUCGUGGGACAACUUCCCCAGCGUCGCCGCCAUGCCCUGUCGAAGAAGUAUAA